AUAAUUUUUUUUUUCAUAAACUUUUUUUCUUUGUUAUCAAAUUUGCUAAAUUUACUGAAAUUUUUCACUUAAUUAUGGAUUCCAUUUCCACUAAACAACUUUUAACUAAAACUAGAAAAUUUCUUGCCAAAUUACCAAGUUUAAGUGAGAUAAUGUCUUAUGGACAAAAGCAUAAAAAAAUUCAAAUUUUAUCUUGUGAUCUUUCAUAUGUAGAUGUUUAUAUAUCUGAGGGUAUAGUUAUAGAUGAAGGUGCAUGUUUAUUAUUACCAGAUGAAUUUAAUGGUUAUAUAUGUGCUGAUACAACUGCUGAUGGAAAUUGCUUAUAUAAUGCAGUAUCCUAUUUUUUUAUUCACGAAAACUCUUUAUCAACACAACUUCAAGUUUUUGAAAAAGAUUAUUCGUAUUCAGAUAGAGCAUUUUCAAAAGCAAAUAAUAAGAGAUAUCAGCAACCAGAAUAUAGAAAUAUUGCACCAUUUGUUGCUGAGAUUAUGGAAAUGUGUCGUAUAGGAGCAUGGAGUCCAUUAGGUGCUCUAUAUGGUUUAGCUUCAGUAUUAGAAAGACCAAUACAGUCAAUUUAUUCUCCAAUAAACUCACCAUUAUUAAGAGGUUUUACACGAAUCAUUGAACCUAGAAAACAAAAAUAUGAUGUUGCAAUUGCUGUAUUAUGGUCUGUAGGUGGAGUAAAUGAAAAAAAAGCCAAGAAGCUAUUAUCUUCUAACUAUUUUGCACCUAAUCAUUUUGUUGGUUGCUAUUUGAAGAAUAAAUCUACUGUUAAUUAUCCAAUUAAUUUUGAUUUUAAUUUUGAAGAAAGCACUUUUUUUGAAGACCCAAAUUUUGACUCUGAUACUAGUACUAUAGUAAAUGAUGAAAGUACAUUGUUUGAAGAUCAAAACAUUGAUUCUGAAAUGAAUAUUAAAGAUAUUAUCAACACAAAUUAUGAGGAAAAUAUUUUACUUAAUAAUCAAAAUAGUGAUUCUAAGAUGAAUAUUAAAGGCAUUACCAACACAAAUUAUGAGGAAAAUAUUUUACUUGAUAAUCAAAAUAGUGAUUCUAGGAUGAAUAUUAAAGAUAUUAUCAACACAAAUUAUGAGGAAAAUAUUUUACUUGAUAAUCAAAAUAGUGAUUCUAAUGUAAAAGAAAAUGUUUAUUCUGAAGAUUAUAAUGUUAAUUCUGAUUUCAAUAACAUUACUUUAGAUAAUACUAGCAAAUUAGUUGGUUUAUUAACACAUACUGAUGUUAGUAAAAUUCCUAACUCUACUUUAAAAGGUGAUCUGAUUUGUUAUGAAGCAGCUAAAGAUUUUACAAUUGAAUUACCAAGGUCUCAAGUUUUAAGGGAUUUUGUGGAUAUUAUUCUUAUUAAUGAUGAAACACAUUUCAAAUGGAAACAAACUGAUGAGUCAGUUUAUGAAAUAGUAUCUUUGUUAAAAAAUAAUAAGAAUUUUCCACCACAAAUAGCAGUUGCUAUUAGAAAAACUCAUAAAGAUUUUUAUUCUAAAAUGCUAGUAUUGGAUUUAUAUUGUCAGGGAUGUUAUGGGAAUAGAGAUAAAGAUAGGUCAACUUUUUCAAAAAAUAUUUGCCAACAUGAACAAGGAAAAUCCUAUGGUCAAUUACGUGGUUAUGCAAGAAAAGAAAGUGCUAUAAAAAUGAUAAGCGAUAAAUUAUAUCCAAGACAAUUACGACAAUAUGCAUUAAAUAAUAUUUCUUCAGAAUCUCGUUUUACAGGAAAUAGACAAAAUGUUCCAACUGCAAGUGCAGCUAAAACUUUAUCAGCUCAAAUUAAGCCCAAAAAAUCAAUAAUUGAACGAAUUCAUAUAGCAAUUGCUAGCAUUAAUGAAACUCAUAAGUCACAAUAUAUUUUUGAAAAUGGAGAGGAGGCUGCAAAGAAAAUAAAAAUGUGGGGAUAUAUUCAACCACCCAUAAAAACUGUACCAUUGUCAAUUUUUUUAUUGAAUGAAGCUUCACUUUGUUAUUAUCACAUGUAUGCUGGAAAUGAUCCUGGGGUAUUUAUAGAUUAUACAGGUUCUCUUGUAAGAUCUCUACCAAAGUAUUUAAUUUCAACUCAUUCUAAUACAAUGUUAUCACAAUCGGAACCAAGAAUUUUAAAUGCUUUGAUGUCAAUGAACUCAGGAUCUGGAUUAGAUGCUCCUAUUAUUAAUAUUUUUGAAAUAAUUACAAAUGAUUUGACUGCAUCUAAUUUAGAAAAUUAUCUUCGCACUUUAAGAAGUGAAGAAAAAAGAAUUUAUGGAUUUAAUGUUAUUCCAUUUUUGAUUAAUGCUGAUUGUGGAAAAAAUAUUUUAUUGGCUUGCCUUCAUGCAUACAAUAAUGAAAGUUAUGCUGAAUAUAUAAAAAGGAUGUUGAAUGAUUUGUAUGAAAAAAAAGAACAUGAUAAUUCAAAAGUAAUUAUUGCAUGGUGUUAUGGUCAUUCAAUUAGAGCUGUAUGUCAAUAUGUAAAAGAUAAAAAGUUUGUAAUAUCAUGUCAAUGUAAAUGUUGUGACAAGAAGUUGUUAUCUAAAUUUGCAAUGAAAAUUUGGAAUAAUGUACGAAUUCAAGAAACACUCUAUAAUGCAGAAAUAAAAGCAAGAUUAUGGCAUUGGAUUUUGGAACAGAAAACUUUAAAAUUACAGGAUCUUGAAAUUGAUAUUUCAAAAAUUAGCAAUCUUGUUACCUUGAAUUUAGAUUAUGAUUUUAAUGAAGAUGCAUUUACAGAAAUUUCAGAUUUGGAUAAUUUAUUAGAUAAAGAUGAUUCCAAUAUUAUUUCAGAAAUCUAUGAAAAUUCAUUGCAAAAUAUAACAACUGAUAUUAAUGAUAUUCAUAAUCCUUUUUUUAAUAUAAAUCUACAACAAUAUUUAAAAAAUACAUGGUGGAAGACUUUAGUUUUAUGGAGUAAUGUUGUGACUCAAAUAAGAGAAAGAUCAAGGAAAACUACAGCAACAAUUGAAGUUGAGAAUAAAAUUAUAAAGCAUUAUGAUAUAAAAACUAAUGCACUUAAAGCCAAUCAACUAUUAGUUGCUGAUAAAUUAAUAAAUAAUAGAUCACGAAAAUAUGUAAAAAGCUCUCAGCCAAAUAAAAAACAAAGGUUAAAUGAAAUUAAAGAUGAUGAUCCUAUUGAACAAUGGAAAGAAACAAAAGUAUCACUAGAGGAUCAAAUAAUAGCAAAUGGAUUUGUUGAAGCAUUUCAAAAGCGUAAAAAUUCUUUUAAAGGUAUUACACAACAAAUUGCUGCUGAUGAAAUUUGUGAAUUAGCUAAAUCACAAAUUGGAUUUGGACAAUCAGCUGUUUCUAAAAUUGUUAAAAGAUCUGAAUUACCUGCUAAUGCAUUGACGAGAGAUGCUAUUAAAUUAUGGAUUGAGAAACAAACUGAAAGUAAGGCAUUUGUGGCAUAAUUAAAUUGAAUAAUAAUGUAAUUAAAAUAAAUUUUGUUUGAACAUUUAUUAUAGCUUAAUAAAGUAUAAAUGAUUAUAAAAUUUUAUAUAUUUUAUAAAUUAAAUAGGUUAAAUAUAUUAAAUAUAUAUAAAAUUGAUGUUCCUCCUUGUCUUGUUGAUUCGAUUUGGUCUCCUGGAAUAUUAUAUAUUGGCGUUUCUUGCACUCCUGGUUAAAUAUUUCGGCUAACUACACUAUUAUUUAAAAAAAGUGUAGUUAGACGAAAAUAUUCAGCCGAAAAUAGUAGAUGUUGAACCAAUAAAAUAUUCAAUAAAAUAUUCUAGAUCAACAUGAAUUUUUUUCGGCUGGGUGUUGUUAGCCGAAAAUUUACUGCGCCUUCGGCUGAAUU